AUGAACCCAUUUGUGCGUACAGAGCAUGCACUGGCAUCGUCGCCGUCGUCCACAGAGACCUCGUCCAUCGAUGCUCUUGUUGAUGAAAUUCAGCAGGCUUUGGGCACAUCCACUUCAUCAAUAUCAUCAAAUGCGCUCGCGUCGCGGUCAUCUUCGAUUAGCAGUGUGCGUCGCCGACCCUUGCCGCAGACACCGCACCCGAACGAAAAAACGCGACAUUCCUUCAGCGUGCCAUCGCCACCGCAGUCUUCCUUUUCGCGCAUUCCACGGCCUCAGACGGCACAGCAUAUUUCAAUGGAGGAAACGUCGAUAUCGACGCCACCAUUGUCACCACGUGCGACUGUGAAAAAUGCGUAUUCUUUGGCAACGGCUCAAGCACAUGCAGAAGCGAUCGCGAAGGCGGCUAAUCCAUCGGCUGCUGCUGCUCCUACGGCUCCUGAUGAUUUUGCUGCGGUUGCAUCUUCGCCUCAGAGAAUUCCUCUUGACGUACGGCCGGAGGGAUCAUGUUCACAGCGGCGCGAUUCCCAAAGCUCACAGAGCGUUUGGGAGCAGAUACAGCGUCGCUCAUUUAGUCGCCGUGAUAGUCAAGACUCGAUCCUACCAGAGUACUCACAUCACACGGACUCACACGCAUAUGCGCACGUCAUGUCUUUGCAGGGCACGUGUGUCGACUUGUCAAGCUUGUCGCAAGUAGCGCAUUUGCUGAGCUCGAUCAUUGAGCGCAAGCCGCUAAUCAAAGGUUCGGUCGUAUACCCGCUAAGUUUCACGGGGCGUACGCUGAUCACGACGCUGGCAUCCAUGAUCACUCAAUAUGUGCAAGUCUCGCCGCGUCUCCAUGUCGAGACGGGCAUGCUGGAUCCUGUGGCACAGCGCAUCGCACUAGAUAUUGCGCGCACGCUAAAGACGCAACUGUUCAUUCACGAGGCCGACUGGGAAGAGCACGAGAUCACAAACGAUGUCGCUGGCGUAUAUAUGUUGUACUCAGACUCGUUGAGCGGGAACAAGGAGUCAUCACAUGCGUCGACUCUGCGCGGUGUGUCUACCCAUUUGUUUGUGCGGAGCGAUGCGGUCCACGUCGCUCUGAGUGCUACAGCGGCCGUGGCUUGUGCAUCGGUGGCUGAAAGGGAUCUGCCAUCUGGUAUACUGACGCCCUUGACACAAUGCUAUAGCCCGACAUGUUUGUGGAGCAACGGCCGCGCUUGCUACUCACCAAGUUGUCCUCGCCGUGGACGUGGCUUCCCAAGCAUGAUCCAGGACCAUGAGCAGCCUAUCGAGACGGUGGGCGCAAAGGCGUGGGUCGAGCUUAUGCCGAAAGACAUCGUACUCACGCUGCCUCGGGAGGAGGUGAAGCGGCAGAAUGCGAUCCACGAAUUCGUUCAGAAAGAAGAAGUGUUUUUGCAUGACCUCCAGCUGCUCAGAAUGUUUGCUGACCGACUCCGCAGCCUGGCUAACCCUAUGCAACCAGGUCUUCCUGGCGAUGCGCCGCUGGUCGGCGCAGCACUCGAUGUAUUUAUCCAUGAAGUCUUCGGCAACUUGGACCAGCUCCUGCCAUUGAUUGCGCAGUUUGUCGAUGAGUUGCACGAGCGGCAGCGGGAGCAGGGUCCUGUCGUCCAGACCAUUGGGGAUGUCGUAACGCGCGCUGCGCUUGACUGGAGCUGCGAGUACACUGCAUACGUAGCCCACUAUCCCGCGGCGCUCGGGCGCCUCAAAUCUGAGGCUGAGUCGAAUGCGCGCAUGCAGCGCUUCAUCGACGACUGCCGGCGGCACCCAGCUGCCGCUCGACUGCCGCUCGACACAUUCCUGUUCCGCCCGCCAGCCCGGCUUCAGCGUUAUCACUUGCAUUUGGAGUCGGUGCUAAAGUACACGUCCGAAUACAGUGACGACCGAGAUGCGCUCAAGCUAGCGAUCGAAGUAUUGGAUGAGCAGUGUCUCAUUGCUCAGUCGCAAGUGAAGCAGACAGAAGACCAUCUACAGGUUCGUGACUAUGCUCGGGUACUUGCAACGAAACGCUACGACGACAAUGUCGACAUGGACCUCACGGACCCUCGGCGGCAGCUUGUGCAUCAUUCGCGCGUGUUCCGGCGUCCGGACAAUUUUGAGUUCGAGUGGACAGAGCUGGUUGCCAUCCUUUUUGACAAUUACUUCGUUCUCGCAAAGCGCAAGCCCAACCUUGACUGCUCUAACGCAUCAUCAUCGCUCCGCACGAAGCUCGUGAUCAACCGAAAGCCGAUCCCUACCUUCUGCUUAGAUAUGAGCGGCUUCGAUAUGGUGCCAGUGAGCCGUAGCUCAGUGAACCGAUACCUGCUGCCGUCGCAAGUGAACGAAAUGUUUCCGUUUGUCGUGACGCACCGCUUCCACACGAAUCAGCAGCCGAUGACUCUCUACGCUACCAGCAGUGAAGAGCGCGACAAGUGGCGCACGGCGCUGCAGGUGCUCCGAUGCGAUCGACUGCCCCCACUGUACAAUCAGUGUGACUUAAGCGGCACUGCGUUCUCAACGAAGCUCGAACCAAGCGAGACGUACGCGUUCGUGAAGGAUGCACCUUGGACACGAUCUCACGUCACGUGUGCAACGACCUGGCUUUGGCGUGAUCACAUCAAACUGUUGGCCAUAGGCACAACGGACGGCGUGUGGAUCGGACGGUAUGCAGAGCCACGCACGCUGCGCAAAGUCCUGCAUAUGAAGGGCGUUAUGCAGUGUGCGGUGCUGACACCGUACCGCCGGUUCCUUGUGCUCGCAGACAAGACUCUGAUCGCGUACGAUCUCGAAGCACUUGUGCCUAGUGGCCAAGCCGUGCCGAGUGUGGCGCCGAUCCGUUUGGACGGGGCACGUGAUGUGUCGUUCUUCUCCCUCGGCUAUGUUUGGGGCGCCCUGCACCUGGUGUAUGCGAAGCGCAAGACGACCGAGACAAGUGUGCGGAUUCUGGCACUCCAGACGUCGACGAAGUCGGAUUCGUCAGGGCAUGCGUCGUUGAAGGGGUUCCACUUGGUGCACAAAUUCUACGUGUACCCAGAAGCGACGCAGAUCCAGUGCAUUUCCGACGGCUUCAUCGUAUCGGCGCCACGUGCCGUCUACACGUAUCGCCUUGGCAGUACAUCUUUAACGCCGUUGCUUGCCCAGCGCCAACGCGAUGAGCGCGCGCAUAGCCUUUUGAAGCAAUGGGAGGGAUCCCAGCCUUUGGGCGUGUUCCAUGUGCCUGAGCUGAACUGCUGGCUAGCUUGUUUUGAUCGCGGCGCGUGCUUCGUCAAUGAAGCGGGCCUAAUUGUUUGUCCAGAUCGCUCAUUCCUGUGGGAAGUGACCAUGGACAGCGCCGCGUACUAUAAAGGCCAUGUGUUCGCUUGUUCACCGACGCUUCUCGAAGUGCAUGAGGCCAAAUCGGGUCGCCUUGUCCAUCUGUCAGAAGGCCAUCACAUGCGCUUACUCCUCCACACAUCGACCGACCAGACACUUCCUAUCCCGCCGAUUCUCCUUGAAACUAUACCAACAGCGACACCGCUCGUUGACGUACAGCGUGUUGUGGCAUUACAUCGCCUAGCAGAAAACAAAGCAUCGCAAGUCCAGCAAGACAUACCUGGCGACAGUGCAGAAGAAGGCAGAUCAACAUCGAACUUGGUGUAA